AGCCCCCGCCCCGAGCUCCUGGAGGCUGGGUGGUUUCUAGCUGUGGCUUCCAAGGGGCCCUUCUUCCACCUCCCAGCUGGGGGCUCCUGUGCAUUAGCCACCCCAUGGUGCCUCCUAGCCCCCCCAUGGUGCUCCCAUCCCCCUAAAUACAGAAGUCGGACUAGGCCAUGGCUUGUGAGAGGGCUCUGAACGGGGCAUAGUUUGGGUGCAGCUCUUGCCUGUCACAUCGCCGGGGGAUCGGCUGCAGGGGGGUGGAUUGAUCCUAGCGCAGCAGGACCCUGCUUCAUUCGCUGUCCAAUUCCAGUAGCUAACUAUGGGCCCGGACAGAAAGGCACCCAAGGGGGCAGCCCGGCCCCCCUUCCCCCAGCUUUCUGUUUAGACAGCACCUCUCACAAGUUCGGAUGUGACUGGCAGGCCAGGAGAUCUCCAUGUCCUGGGUGCUCCAGUCUCCGGCAGUUUGACAGCAGGACAAAGGUCUUUGGUUUGCAGGUUGUCCCGGGAGUGUUAGCUGGGAGCACGGCUCCGCUGCAAACAGCGCUGCUGUGAAUAGCCCUUUCCUCCUCAGGUCUGGGCAUGUAACUAGCUCCAUUUGGCUCCUUCCCGGGCCAGCAGGAGCUGCUUUGUUGGCUCGUGAGCUCUGCAGGGUGGAUGCCGCCUUGCGCGAGGGAGCUAGGUUUGGGUUCAGAAAAGAACUAGGUAAGUUCCUGGAGAAUAGGUCCGUCAAUGGCUGUUGGCCAGGGCUGCAGCCCCAUGCUCUGGGUGUCCCUGGCCUCUGGCUGCCAGAAGAUGGGAGUGAGUCCAAGGCUGCCAGAGAGAGGAAGUGAGGCCCCGAGUGGGUAAGGGAAUUGCACGCUGAGGUGCCCAUGGCUGAACACACUAUUCCAGGCCUGGCUUUGCAAGGCAGGUACAGAACGACUCACCCUGCUGCAGACAGACAGCAGGGCACAGUGUUAGGAACCUGAUCCAGCCCUCCAAUGUCUUGGGGCCUUGCUCUGUGAGUUAGGGUUGCAGGGCGGGUGUGAGACCUUGGGCCCAGGCAGAUCGCCUCCCACACUUCUGCGGUAGCGUGUGUUCCUGGGUCCCAGACGGGACGUGUUAUGGGACAAGCCGCUCCGCUUGCUGCUGGGAUCAGUGGUCCGGGAAGCAGCCGUGCUGCGUUUUAUUCCCACGCAGGGUUGCUGAGGAAGGGCCGAGGCUCUGGAAUCGCGCACGCUUCAUCUGAGCCUGGCGUUGCAAUGGAGGCACAGAGGGCGCAGCCUGCUCACCGGUGGUGUGGUCGCACUGCUGUAGGCAGUCGUGGCAGGCGGCCGACGCUGGGACAGCCCAGAUAGUUGCUAUCCUGGGCAGCACUCAAAGUGCUGUGAGUUCCAGCAGACGCCCUUCCCGCUUGCUGCGCAGGGGAGUGCUCACAAUUAUCUCUGCAAGAUACACUCAGAUGGUGGGGAGUCGCUUAUUUCCCCAUCGGGCCAUGAGCAUGUUGGCUCUACAUGAAGCUGCACUGCGGCUGCUUAGGACUAGGUGGGACACCUGCAAGCAAACCCCGGCUGGCAUUUGGAUUUCAAUGGGCCACGUGCUGUGUGUGGUGGUGCUGCUGCUCCCAGUCAGAUCCCUGGUGAGACUGUACCUCUACGGCCUGACGCUGCUGCUCCUCUUCGUGGGGCACCAGACGGCCAGGGAUUACAUGCGCCAUGAGAUGGAGGAUGAAUUCCAGGGGGCUGUGUACCAGGACUCUGUGGUGCUCAGACGCUUCGUGACCGCCCUGACAGGCCAGAUCUUUGUGAGCAUGCUCUGCGCCCUCCUGAUGAAGACCAAGCAGGUGUGGCUGUUCUGUGCCCCGCUGCUCCCGCUGCUGGCCCGACUCUGUGGCCUCCCCCUCCAGGCGCUUCCUGUGGUCAACACCUUCGCCACCUCCGUCACUGUGGUGGAGAUGCUGUAUGUGGCUGCCUCCCACCUGCUGGUUCCCUUCCACCUGGCCGCUGCGGCGUGCAGGGAGGUGGCUCAGGGACUGGAGGUGUACAGGCUGGUGGCACUGGGCAUGUCCCUCUGGAGCCAGCUGGCCGUCCCGGUGCUCUUCCUUGUCUUCUGGCUGGUGCUCUUCACCCUGCAGAUCUACUCUUUCCUGGCCUCUUCCAACAGCCUCCUCGCCCAGCAGGGGCUGCUUUUCAUCUUCCUCAGCAGCGUGGCGGAGUGCUGCGGCACGCCCUACUCCCUCCUUGGGCUGACCUUCACCAUAUCCUACCUCGCCCUGGCCGUGCUCAACCUUUGCAAGUUCUACCUGCUGGGCUACGACGCCUUCCAGAACGGCAACGUCAUGCACAGGGGUGUGACGGAGGGUGUGACGCUGCUGCUGCUGGCUCUCCAGACGGGGCUGCUGGACCUGCAGAUCCUGCAGAGAACCUUCCUCCUCAGCAUCAUCCUCUUCAUCGUGGUGACAUCGACCCUGCAGUCCAUGAUCGAGAUAGCUGACCCCAUAGUGCUGGCGCUGGGGGCUUCGCAGAACAGGAGCCCUUGGAAGCACUUCCGCAGCCUCAGCCUGUGCCUCUUCCUGCUGGUUUUCCCCUGCUUCAUGGCAUACAAGAUCGCUCGCUUCUUCCACAUGGACUUCUGGCUGCUGAUCCUGGUCUCCAGCUGCAUGCUCACCUCCCUGCAGGUGAUGGGCACCCUCUUCGUCUACGCGCUCUUCAUGAUCGAGCUGCUGCAGGAUGCGCCCCUGGAGAAGACGGACGAGAUCAUUUACUACGUCAACGCGGUGAGCCGGGUGCUGGAGUUUCUGGUGGCCGUCUGCGUGGUGGCCUACGGCACCUGGGAGUCCAUCUUCGGCGAGUGGAGCUGGAUGGGCGCCUCCGUCAUCAUCAUCCACUCCUACUUCAACGUGUGGCUGCGGGCCCAGUCGGGCUGGAAGAGCUUCCUGCUCCGCAGGGAGGCCGCCAAGAAGAUCAGCUCGCUGCCCAGGGCCACCAGGGGGCAGCUGCGGGACCACAACGACGUGUGUGCCAUCUGCUUCCAGGAGAUGACCAUGGCCGUGAUCACCGACUGCGGCCACUUCUUCCACACGGGCUGCCUCCGCAAGUGGCUGUACGUGCAGGACACCUGCCCCAUGUGCCACCAGCCGAUGAAGCCUUCGGCCACCGAGGGGCCGCAGCCAAACGGGGGAGAGCGGGCGGAGCCAGAGCCCGAGCUCGUCCCAGAGGAGGGGCCACCUGAGGAUGCAGGUGCUGAGGCUGCGGGAAGGACAAGGACCCUGGGCCCCAGCAGGGCUGGUGAGGGCGGGGAGCCCAGCUGGCGGGAGCAGGAGAACCCAGCACUGGCAGUGCCCAGCAGGGCCGCUGAGGGCAGGGAGCCCAGCUGGCAGGAGCAGGAGAACCCAGCACUGGCAGCUCCCAGCAGGGCCGCUGAGGGCGGGAAGCCCAGCUGGCGGGAGCAGGAGAACCCAGCACUGGCAGCGCCUAGCAGGGCCGGGCUGCUCCCAGAAGCUGUGCACAGCAGAGAGGACGAGCCCAUGGACCCAGCUGGGAGCAGGACUCCCCCGCCAGUGUCUCGGGGUUGCGCUCCAUAGCUGCGUGCCAAUCUGGGGUGCACAGCCCUGCUGGGAACCCUACCGCCUCUGGAAUGAGGAGCAGGCUCCUUGGGGAGCCCCAGCCCGGCACCCAGAUGGAAGCACAGAGUGGAGCGGAGAACAUGGAGUGGGGCAGGAGCCGGGGCCGGCACGGACUCUGACGGCAGCCACUGCCUCUGUCAGUGUUCAGCCUGCAGCACCAGCCCCCCACCCCCAGAGCCUGGGCUGGGGCAUCCCUGCAACCUGAGUGCUCAGCGAGUCGGCGCCAGCAGAGGCAGCGUGACGGCCGCUGCCGGGCUGGGAAGUGUAACUGCCCGUGUGCUGCCCUGGAACAUACCCACUUAGCCCCACAGGACGGGCCUGAGUCUGCAGACUUGCUUCAGCUCCGGAGUCCCCAGUGCAGUGCCCACCUCAUGCGCAGCGCUGGGGAGGAGGCAGCAGGGCCCAGCACAGCCCUGCUCCGGCUGCACGGAAACAACCGGGAGGCACUUCCCUGGCUCGUGCUCCAUUACGAAUGGGCACCACCGGGCUGGGCUGCCCACAGUUACAGAAAGGGGGUGUUGCCGCUGGCUCCCUAGUCACUCGGUGGCUGCUGCUAAGCUGGGUGCCAGAUCUGUGUGGGCUCUGCCCCAGCGCAGGGGCUCUCAGCCAGAAGGCAGCCGGGCGCACCCGCCCUUCCCUUCCCCCUGCCCAAGUGGGAGAGGCCGAGACACGCUGGCCUGAUGGCUCUGGGGUGACUGGGGCGUCCUGCAGCUGCUUGGGACCAUGUGCAGGAAUGGGGAGGGAACCCAGCUGGGUGGGCCCUGUGCUCUCCAGGCCGGGCCUGCAGACAGGGGCGGAGGUGGCCUGCUGCACCACCGGUAUUACAAGACUCCUGGGGGGACCUUGGCACAUCCCAGGACUGGACCCUGGGCAGGGCAAAGUGCCCGUUCGGUCUGCUGGUUCAGCCUGCAGCAUCCCCUGCAGAGCCUCUCCCUGUACCAGGCCAGUUCUGCCCUGAGAGGAGUUUGCCCUGGCAGGGGCGGGCAAGGCUGCCACUGUGACACAAGGACGCGCAGCUAUGCACUAACAGCAGCCAUGUCUCACCCCAGAGGUGGCUGCAUACCAGUGGUAGCAAAGCAAGGCCAGGCCGGGAAGUUUCCCCCCAUUCUGUACUCUGCCCUCUGGGAAGUAUUUAUCUACCACAGGUCGAUGCCCCAAGGGAAUGUGGCGAAACGUGAAUAGAAACCCCCUUUCGUUUUUAAAGCCUCAGGGAUUAGGAAUUUCAAGGAAGCUGUGGCUUCCCGGAGAUGGACGGGCCUUGGUAGAGCUAGGCUGGGCAUGUCUGCGCAGCGUGUCAGAUCCGUUCCGUUUGGAGCGAGGUGUUCGAUCACCGUCAGCUCUCUCUUCCCUUUGGAAGGGACCCAUCCAGCCUUGUUCAUGGUACCUUUGGGCGAUCAAAGCGCCUGGAAUUUGCAGAUUCCCAUUAAAGCUGUUAUGCUGUGAGGGCCGUUUGCACUCGGUCCAGCGACCAGCACAGGGUGGCUACGAAAGUGCCAGUAAAAACACAGGGAACGUU